AAAAAGGUCCUCAUCAGUUACUACUGCAACCAGAAAUAAAAAGCACACUUUCACUAACCUUUAAAUACAUUUUAGACACAUCAAGCGACUUGUUUCAUACUCAUGAAUAGAACACACGCACAUUUGCGUAGAUAUUAAUACAAAUGCAUUAAACAUCACUAAUAGGUAGACUGCCGGGUAAAAAACAACAACAAAAAAAACAUUUAGGCAUCCAUUAAGGGAAACCAUUCACAAUUAUUAUUAGACGCGCGAACAUUUGUGAAAUGCACAGACAGAGAAGUGAGAAAACAGAGGCUCGAGAAACAGCAUCGUUUCAUUAAAGUGAAUCAGUUCAAAGCGCCUCUAAAUAUAGAGGUGGCAUGACGUUCAGCAGCGGUUUCAUAAUCCUCAUCACCAACCACUUCUGUGGAAAAAAAAAAAAAGAAGCAUCGCCCUCCUCCACGCAGCUGAAGCAUGUCCAGCGCGCUCGCUCACUCGACUAGUAGCUGACGCUCGACUAGCAGCUCGUCCGACUAACUCAACCAGCGCGCGAACUCCCGAUGGAGCGUUUCAGCAGCUUCACGGCUCCCGCUGCGGACAAGCUCAGGCAGCUCCAGAAGAUGGUCCAAGACAUUAAAAAGAACGAGGACAGCCUUUUCAACAGACUCAAAAGGUUUCAGACCGAGCAAACGGCUAAUAUCCUGAAAACUGGGAGAAAUACACUGGACCGAAUGAAGAAGAAGAGGCCUCCGAAGGUACCGGUGCGAGACUAUCAAGGUGAAGCUCCGGAUUCGGAGAACGACUCUUAUUCAGAUUUUGACAGCGAUACGUACGAGGAUCCUCAGGGAGACCAUGACGAUAACUAUGAGCCUCCGCCGAGGCUCGAAGGACACUUGAAGGCCUUCGGGGUCAGCCCGUCCAUCAGCAGCCCCAGGGGAGAGUAUGUGGACAGCAGCCGCGGAGGACCGGCGAAAGCAAGCCAGGCUUCCCGCGCGCAGCAGAGACCCAGACCCCCGCGAGCGGCCGACGACGACGACGGCGAUUACAUCGAGCCGGAGGACAAGGCGGACGACGAUAAUUACAUUGACCCCACUGAGAAAACACUAGCAAAGCCGCUGAUUAACCGAGGAGUCAAACCCUGCUUCCCCGCUCGCGUCAACGGCCCGGAUUUCUAUGAGGUUCCUGAUAUGAAGGAGAGUUCUCCGUCUAAGAAAAGGAGUAACUCGACCCUGCAGCCCAACACACAUACAGCGCCACCUAAAGCCAGUCCACGAAUUACCCCCAGAAAGCCAACAAUAACUCCACAGGAACCGCAGUCAGAGGACGAGUAUGAGGUGUGUGACGCAGACGAGGGUGUCAGCGAAGGGCCAGAAACGACCACAGAGACCCGGAGAUCAUCAAUGCCCAAGCCUCGACCUAGAGACCUGAAGAAGCCUAAUGCUGUUUUCACACCGAAGUCAAACGUUGCUCACAGAGACAGCGAAGCCACAUCUAGUAAAACAGCGCCAGUAACUACAUCACGAAGCCCCCUGGACACCAUGCAGAGCCUGACACCAACAGGGUUCCAUCGAGCCAAGAUGCCUCUGCCUCGACAGCUUCCCUCCCAAAGCAGAGGGGCGUUGCCUUCAGACAGCAGAUCAGCUAGAGACGCCGAAGAGGAAGCUGGCGUGUAUAAAAAGGCUUGGUACGCCAGCAGCUGUGACCGCAAGACAGCAGAGGACGCUCUCAUUCGCUCAGCUAAGGACGGCUCUUUUCUGCUCAGGAAGAGCUCCGGUGUGGACGCGCAGCAGCCCUACACACUGGUGGUGUUCUACAACAGCCGAGUUUACAACAUCCCCGUCCGCUACAUCGCUUCCACCAAACAGUACUCUUUGGGGAAAGAAAAACAAGGAGAGGAGCGUUUCAGCAGCGUCUCGGACAUCAUUGAGAACCACCAGAGGAAUCCUCUAGUGCUGGUCGACUCACAAAGCAACACCAAAGACUCCACCAAACUCAGACACGCAGUCAAGCCGUGACGAAGAGGCGCCAAAACCAACCUGAAGACGCUCGUGCCAAUCGAGAGGGUGCUGACGUUCAUUCAGCCGUGUGGUAGUUUCACAUCCUACCUUUAACAGACGAUGGAAACAGAUCUACGCUUGCGAAGCUGGGACUUGCUGCUACUUUUAUAACUUAUUUUUCCGAACGACGGGUCGGAGGCCGCUGGCACAAGAUGCAGGUCCUUACGUGACGAAAUUUUUUAAUUUUUUUAAAUGUUGAAAUACAGCGCAGAAGAACGAGUUUUGUGCAAACCUUCAUGAAAAAAACAGUUGUGUAAAGAUAUAAGCAUGCGUGGUACAGCUGUACAGUUUAUAUAUGCUCAUGGGUGUAUGAAACGUGUUUUACCUAACAGUAAAAAAAACCUUUUUAAUUUUAA